AUGACUCCCAUGAUAGUUUCUUUCCAUGAUAUUAUUUUAUAUUUUACCCUUUUUUCUCCUGUUUUUUGGAUUUCUUUUUCCUCAAUGCCAAGGGCGGGACAGGAGCGAAGGAUUUUCAAAUUUAUCUGUAUUGUGGUUGUACUGUACCGGAUUUGCGGUCUGCGGCUUCAUAUAUGACUUAUACAUAAAGGAGGCAAUUUAUUGCCCUGGCUCCUCACUACUGGG